AUAAAUUUUCUUAAAAAACAAAAAAAACAACAGAAAAAGAAAAUUACUAAAAAGUUUGCUCGUCAAAUAAAAUUAAUUUUCCAAGAAAAAGAUAAUAACCAAUUAAUAACUUUGUUUUGUAACUUAUGAAUAAAAGUUUCUAAACCGAUGGGUAGCAUAGCCAAAGCAUACAUAUCUGGUUUUCUCUGCCGACUUUGUUCGGAAAUUCACAAAAUUGUUGUCCAUGUUUACAGCAAUAGCGUCAAGAAAUUUCUAAUUGAUGAAAAAAUAAAUGGAUAUUUACCAAUUACUAUUUCACCAACAGAUCCUCUGCCAAAAACUAUAUGCAGAUCAUGUUUACGAAAAGUCGAAGAACACUAUGGUCUGUUGUUGCGAUUGUCUAGCAUUAGAAAAACCAUCAAACAAAACAAAGCUACAAACACUGAACGUAGAGUCUCGAAAAGUGAAUGAAUUAUGAUAAAUAAUUAUAAUAUAAAAUGUAAUAAUAAUGUAUUUGAUUUUAUUUUUUUGUCCUAGUUUUUAAUAAAUGUUUAGUUUAAGAGAA